GCCCGUAUCGCAGCCGCAGGAUUGAUCAAGGUCCGAGACGCGGCCAUUACCGACCCCCCGCUGCUAGCUUCCGGGCAUUUGUCCACGCCCUCCAAGACCAAGGAGUGGACAUGUCUCGCGUGUCGAUCAGCCGAUCGUAUGCUGUUCUGGUCGGGAUAGAGGGCUACACGAAAACCAAGCGUAAAGUGCGAGCUCUUCACGAAAAGGUUGACAGCUCGAAGCAAAAGUUUCACCAAAGGCGGGAGGAAAAUGCCACCAACGAUGACAGCGAUGAAGGGACCACUCAUCACCACUACUGGACAGGCGGGAGCCAAGCAGAGGAAGAAAAGCAAUUCCUGGCAUCGACCAUCGGCAGAUCAUCAGAUCCGCAAGCGGUUAUCACUGGAGGUCCCAAAGGUAAAAGGCUCUGGGGCACUCUCAAGAAUCUCGCGCGGCGAGGCUCCAAGGACGAGCUUGUCUCCUCUCCAACACCAACAACAGCACCAACAACUGGAUCAGUCCGGAUGCAAGGUAGAGGGAUCCCCGGUACGGCACCAGAGGAAGGAGUACCUCCGCCAGAGGGCAAACGCUGAUUCAUUUCUCGGCUGCUGAUUCGUAUCGGCGGUGUACGCAGUAUAGUGCGAGGGGGGAUGGGGUGACUAGUGUGAGCUAUCACUGGUAGUAAUAGGUACCUAGGUAGUUACAGAGC